AUGAAUAUAUUGCCAAAAAAAAGGUGGCAUGUUCGUACAAAAGAUAAUAUUGCUAGAGUUAGAAGAGAUGAAGCUGCUGCAGCAGAGGAAGAAAGAAAAAAGCAGCAAAGAGUUGAGAUAGCAGAGAGAGAAAGAAGAGGUGAAGAAUUAAGAAAAAAAGCAAAAGAACAAUUUGGAACAGGUUGUUCGAUUUCAGAAAAAAAAAGUCCUGAAGUAAAAGAAAUAAAUUAUUUUCCUCCUGAUCAACAUGUUAAUUUAUUUUUCGAAUUGGAUCAAGACAAAGUCAUAGAUGAUAAACCUAAUGAAGAACAUGAGAAAGAAAAAAAACUUGAAAAAGAAAAAUAUGAAAAACAAAUAGGUUAUUUAACUUAUCUCGGUCAGGACACUAAUGAGCUUACUGGUAAUGUUUCCUGGUAUAAUAAAACAAGAGAAGAAAUUAAAAGUGGGCAAACAGAAGUUUCUCAAAAGCAAAAAGUAUUCGAAGACCCAUUGAUGAACAUAAGGAAAUAUUUAGGAUGUGCUGGAGUAAAAAAAAUUUCUGAAGCUUCUGUUAAAAUUGAAAAUUUAUCAAAUAAAAUAGAUGGUGAUAAAAAAACAAUUAAGAGGAAAAAAUCAUUAGAAAUAAAUAGAAAGCAUAAAAAAUUAAAAAAAUCAAAGAGUAAGAAAAAGAAGAAAAAAAAGAGAAAGAGAAAAAGUAGCACGGAAUCGGAAGAUUCAAGUUCGGAAGAAAUUAUUCCUCAAAAACCUUCAAUGGAUAUAGAAAGACUGAGAGCUGAAAGACUUAUGAGAGAAAAGGAAGAAAGAAGAAAAGCUAAUGAAUUGUUUGCUAAAUUAAAUGGAGUGAAAAUUGAAAAAGAAGAGAAACCCAUUAACGAACCCAAACAAAAAUAUAAUUCUCAAUUCAAUCCGCAUCUUGCUAAACAGAACUUUACAUAA